CAUAUUUUUAAUGCAUUUUUGUUAUUUUAUUACUUGAUAUUCAAUUAAUCUUAGCCAAAAUUUACGUAAAAAUUCAUAGAAUAUUCCAAAAAGGUUCAGCACCGAAAUGACACGAUAUAAACAUAAACCAAGAUUUAAAUUUCAAUGAGUUCAAGUGAUGUACAAACCACAGCUUCAGAAACAGCCACUCUUUCCACUCGGGGAUACAAACUAUUAAAAAAAAUGGGAGAAGGUUCAUAUGCAAAAGUCUAUUUAUCCGAAUAUAAACCCGUCGAUGCACCAAUUGAUAGUAAAAAAGCAAUUUUGGCUUGUAAAGUAAUUGAUACAGCGCGAGCUCCUAAAGAUUUUGUCCGUAAAUUUUUACCUCGUGAAUUAAAUAUAUUAAUAAAAUUAAACCACCCGCAUAUCAUUCAUGUCCACAGCAUAUUUCAACGAAAAGCCAAAUAUUUUAUAUUUAUGCGUUUGGCUGAAAACGGUGAUUUGUUAGAUUUUAUUUUAAAACAUGGUGCCAUUGCUGAAAGCCAAGCACGUGUUUGGUUACGUCAACUGGCAUUAGCCUUACAAUAUAUGCAUACACUAGAAUUGGCUCAUCGUGAUUUAAAAUGUGAGAAUAUUUUAAUUACGAAUAAUUUUAAUGUAAAAAUUGCCGAUUUUGGAUUUGCACGUUCCGUAAUCGAUGGAUCUGGCAAAGUUCUUUCAAGUGAAACAUAUUGUGGUUCCUUAUCGUAUGCCGCUCCAGAAAUAUUACGUGGACAACCAUAUGCACCUAAAGUGGCGGAUAUAUGGUCAUUAGGUGUUGUAUUAUUCAUUAUGUUGAAUAAGGCAAUGCCAUUUGAUGAUACAAAUAUAAAACGAUUAUUUGAACAACAAAAUAGUCGAAAAUGGCGCUUUCGUGCCAAAGUCAUUGAUAUAUUGAGUACUGAAGUGAAAAAGUUAGUAACCGCAAUGUUGGAGCCGGAUAUAAAACGUCGUUAUCGCGUUGAACAAAUUGUUACUUCUGAAUGGUUAGCAAUGGACCUGAGAUUAUUGAAAUUAAGUCAAGCAGAACAAGAUGCGAUUAGUACAGCUGAAGACCAACAAAGACAGCGUAUUGAACCUGAACCAAGACCGUUGCCAAAGCCGCCGAAACCGAAGGAAGGAUUUCUUUUCCAAGAACCCCAUACUAUGAAUAAGCUCGAAUCAGAUAAUUAUGGACUGAAAGACACUAAAACAUCUGGUGAAAAUGCGGAACCUUCUGAAAACAGAUAAAAGAAUAUAAAAUGAUAAAAAAAAAACAUUUAUUUUAAAUCGUCGUUUUGUUUCCAAUUUUUUGUAUUUUGUGCUUCAUCCUCCCUACAAGGACAGC